AGAAAGGAACUCUUGAAAAUUGAGUUGAAAACAUAGAAAACACUUUGAAGGAAUUGAUAGCUUCCUCUCAAUCUCUUCAAGCAACCUUAGUCGUAAUGGUGCCUUUGGCAACUAAUUCUUUGUUUGAAGGAAAUGUUCCUGUGGCAAAUGUCCUUAUUGCCACAUUUACUUUAACUCUUGGAAAGGAGCCAAUGUCAUCUAGUCCUCCAAAUUUGACUGUUAUUGGAGCUUCUGGGAUAAAACCACUUGUCCUUACUCUUCUAAAUGCUAGUGUCGCUACAACUCAAUAUAAUGAAAAUGAUCAAGUUGGGACUCAAAUUGUUAAAUCAAUCAUAAAGGAUGAUGAUGGGAAUCCAGACAACAACAUAUCUACUACGUCAUGUGAUCCGUUACACAGCCAAGGAGGUCCAGUCACGCGAGCUAGGGCUAAGAAGAUGCGUGAAGCUUUAAAUGGCCUUAUUGAGCAGAUCUGGGUUGAAAACAACAUACAACAAGCAAAUCGAAACUUGGAUGAUUAUCAAGGCAUGGUAAACAUCAUUCAGGUUCAAGAGAAGCUUAGUUGAGGUCAUUUGCAUGGAAUUACACAGUUUGCGUCAAAAUCGCACAAUUCUGCCGCAACUUGUAGCAAACUGAUAUUUCGUGUUAUUUUAGGUUAUUUUUAGUGAUUGUCACGUUUUUUUGUAUUAUUUUUGGGCUGAACAUUUGCUUAUUUGAAGCCCAAUUCGUGGUUAUUAGGUUUAGGCCUUAGGGUGUUAAUUUCCUAUUCUGAUUAGGAUUUGUUUUCUCUAUUUAAAGGGCUUGUAAC